CCAGACCUCCUCCUCGCAGCCCUUCCUGACCGGAGACCCCCGCUGCCUUCUCCCCCUCCUCCUCCUCCUCCUUCCUCCUCCUCCUUCCUCCUCCUCCUCCUCCUCCUCCUUCUCCUCCUCCUCCUCCACCUCCUCCUCCACCUCCUCCACCUUCUCCCCCUCCUCCUCCCCCUCCUCCUCCUCUUCCUCCUCCUCCUCCUCCUCCUCCCCUGCGUGCCCAGACCAUCAGCCCGGGUUGGAGCCCAGGGACCUCGGAUUUCCUUCCCCGCCGCAGCUGACAUUCCCUUGGAGGGCCUGUCUCUGGCCGAGAUCGGAGAAUUCGCGGGCCACAGGGGCGGCCAGGAGGCCCUGAUGCAUCUCUCGUCCAGGACAGCCGUUCCCUGGAACCAUCUGGAUGCGUAGAAUCGCAGGGCGGCCGCGGACCCCGGCAUCUCCAGGUACCUCGUGCACCGACUAGCCAGGGAGAACUGAGAUGGCUCUGAAGACCCCCAGGAGUUCCAAGGUCUUUCGUGGUCAGCAUGAAAUUCUAUGGCGGGGCUUCCUUGAAGCGUUAUCGUAGUGCGGAAAACCCUCGGACCCCGCCCGUCUCACACUCCUGGAGGGGGAAAUGUGCUGACAUGGCAAAGCCGUCCAGCCGCUCUCCCUGGAGGCGUUCGUAGAGACAUCCCCGUAGCACGAGAGCGUCAUGGACGAACUCCGGGUCGUGGCACUGCAGUGAAGCCGUGGUCUGGGCAGAUCCCCCUUCCCUGGACACGCGUCCCAGCUGGAGUUGUUGGUGCGGUAACCCCCGCGCACGAUGGGCCCCCACGAGUUUCCCGCGGGGGCCCGGCUCUGACCUCGGGCUCUGUCUAUGCGCCGCCGCCGCCGCCUGCCCGCGGCCCCGCAGAUGUGGCCCUGAACCAUGUCGACGCCCAAGGGCUUGUUAUGGGUGCCGCUGGUGUUCACCCCGCUCUGCGUCAUGCUGAACUGCAACGUGCUGCUGUGGCUCACGGCGCUGGCCAUCAAGUUCACGCUGCUUGACGGCCAGGCGCAGUACCCCGUGGUCAACACCAACUACGGCAAGAUCCGCGGGCUCCGCACGCCACUGCCCAACGAAAUCCUGGGCCCCGUGGAGCAGUACCUGGGCGUGCCCUACGCCUCGCCACCCACGGGGGAACGGCGCUUCCAGCCCCCCGAGCCCCCGUCCUCGUGGACCGGUGUCCGGAACGCCACGCAGUUCCCCUCCGUGUGCCCGCAGCACCUGGACGAGCGCUCGCUGCUGCACGACAUGCUGCCCGUGUGGUUCACGGCCAACCUGGACACCUUGAUGACGUACGUCCAGGACCAGAAUGAGGACUGCCUCUAUCUCAACAUCUACGUGCCCACGGAGGACGGAGCCAACACAAAGAAAAACGCAGAUGAUAUGAGCAGUAAUGAACGUGGUGAAGAUGAAGACAUCCACGACCAGAACGUCAAGAAGCCCGUCAUGGUCUACAUCCACGGGGGCUCCUACAUGGAGGGCACCGGGAACAUGAUCGACGGCAGCAUCCUGGCCAGUUACGGCAACGUCAUCGUCAUCACCAUCAACUACCGCCUGGGCAUCCUGGGUGAGUGCUCGCGGCUGGACGGACGGACGGACGGUCGGAUGGGCACCGAGAGUCGCCUUGUGGGCGCGCUUGGAUGUGCCAAGGCUGCAGGUGGGGGGGCUCUAGGUGCCCCCCUCCCUGUCUGGGGCACACAGCCCUCGGCACCUGUGGAUUCCGUGCUCGCCGCGCGGUCGGGCUGUCCGUGCGGGCGUGUUCCAGCGGGCGGCGUGCGAACUCGGCGAAGCAAUUCGGGUGGUGCAGUGCGUCUCACACAGAGGCGAUCGGUACCCGCACGACCGUGGUCCAAAGCCCAUCUUGGGCGGCGGUGCUGAUGGAGCCCGCUGCCUGCCUGCCCGCGGGUUCGGUGCCCACGUGCGUGUCGUGCAGGACCCCGCCG